AUUCAAUCCCACUUCAUUUGCUGAUUUAGUGGUAAAAGUGCGAUAUAGGAGCAAUCCCCAACCUGAAAAGCCCAAUUCCAGCUGAGGACCAUCCAGAGUCCAGACCCAUAUCAAAAUAUCCCACCGCUCCGGUGCCCAAAAGGUCGAAAACAAAAACAAAAAUCCACCGCUCUCGCAUCGCACACAAUAAUAAGUGCACAUUUUGCAGAUUUGCCGUCUUUUUUGGUUACCUGCGCUUCGAUAAUCCUCUGGGUCGGAUCCGUUUUCUCUGUUGGUAAAAUUAUUGCAGUAGGAAAUAAUAGUAAUAUGGAGAAGAUGGGUGCGACUGAGCCCAAUUUGGAGUUUUUGGAGGAGAAGAAGCGCGCCAGGAACCCUCUUGUACCUGUUGGUGCACUGAUAACAGCUGGAGUGCUCACGGCUGGCUUAAUCAGUUUCAGACAAGGCAAUUCUCAGUUAGGUCAGAAGCUAAUGAGAGCUCGUGUGGUUGUCCAAGGUGCUACAGUAGCUCUUAUGGUUGGUACUGCUUACUACUAUGGGGGGAAUCCCUGGCGAUCAAGAUAAUUCUGUAAACUGCUCUUGAUAUUUUCUUAUAAAAAAAAAUAUUUUUUCCCAUAAUGGUGAUUUAAGUGGGGAACCAUGGUCCUUGUCAGCAACAAUCAAUGAUAUUGUGCUCUAUUUCAUUUGAAGCUCCUUUGCAUAUACAGUAUGAUGCGGAUAUUAUGGCUAUGCCCAGUAAAAUAAAUUGUGUUUUUCAGUUUUUCCAA